AUGGCGGAAGAAUCGACGGCCACUUUAGGCACUGAGCACAACGGUUUCUUGAAGACGCUACGUGCAUUGGAUGGGUAUCGCAAAGUUGCCCCUCAAGAUUUCGUUCGAGCCGAGGCAACGGAAAAGUCGCGGGAAGACAGGACCAACUCCAAUGUGGAUCUCUUUACGCUCCCCGAUGGAAGCGACAAGGAGAUUGCCGUCUGUCACAUUUCCAGCAUUAUGCCUCUGAACUUUGCACCCUUUCGUCCCUGGAGGACCACGCAUGAAGAUGUGGCCGUGAUUGCCAUGGCGGUGGCGCAUUUGAACUCUGGCGACGGAUCGAUUGUCCCGGAAGUGGAGGGACUCAAUGACAGAUGCAAUGUCCGCUUCACGGCCGAAAUGACAGACUCCAUGUUCCAAGGAGGUCAAGUGGUGAACCAAGUGGUAGAUCAAGUCAAUCGAGAACCAUCUUCUGAGAAACCCAUUCCCUGUGCCUUUUUGGGUGCCUACAGCAGCGCCGUAUCCGUCCCCAUGUCCAUUGUGACGGGCUUGUUUGGAUACCCACAGGUAUCGGGCUUUAGUACUAGCCCGGAGCUAGACGACUCCAGUCAGUAUCCCAUGUUUGCCAGGUCCAUCCCAGGAGAUGAUGGCAAUGCCGUUCCGGUCAUUAUCUAUCUGACCACAGUCUUGAAGCUAGAGCAUGUCGCCGUGGUCAAUGUCAAUGACGCAUACGGGAAUGCCUAUGUGGAAGGCCUCCGAAAAGCUCGAGACGAAUAUGCCCCGGACUUGACUAUUCAGCAAAUCCCGCUGGAUGGGGCCGAGGACAAAGAGGUGGCCGCAAAGGCAGCCGUUCAGAGUUUGAAAGUGCUCGAGUACCGAUACAUCUUUAUGCUGGCUUACAGCACAGACAUGUUUGAUGCUGUCAUUCUAGAGGCAUACAACGAAGGCAUGGCUGGGACAGGCAAGCAUAACUGGAUGUUUGCUGAUUCCUUUAGUGGUUCCACUGCCAGGAGGACUUUUGAGCCAGGUUCUCCUCUUAGCCUUGCGUAUCAAGGUACCGGCUACUUUCAAGUAACCGCAGGCAUUCGUGGAAGGACGAUCCAGUACGACAAGUUCCGAUCCAAAGCAGCAGCACUCAACAACCCGGACGAUAUGGACUACGUUGCUUCGUUGCUCCCAGGGUUUGGACCAGAAAAACCUUUUGUUGACGAUCCAACCUUUUUGAAUCCAAUUGCCGGUGCUUCUGGACCCUUCAUGUACGAUGCAACAAUUGCUGUAGGACUCGCAGCAUGCAAGGCGAGUGAAUCCCACGGCCUCAACUUUACAGGGCGGCAACACUUUGACAGCCUCUUGGGUACUCAGUAUUUGGGCGCAACAGGUCGUGUCGACUUUGAUCCAGUGACCGGAACCCGAGAUCCGUCCACGGCAACGUACAGGCUUGUGAAUCUAAUCCAGACCCCCAAGGUGGACCGUGAAUCUGGCGUGGAAGCCAUUGGUUUCAACGACAGUCUUUCAAGCGUUUUCCAGGAUGGCAACUGGACCGAGAUCCAACCUUAUGUUUUCAAUGACAAUACCACGAAUGUCCAGCCCGAUCUGCCACCGCCCCCGGUCAUUGCGGAAAGCGGCAACGAUAAUCUUGCUCUUGCCAUUGCUAUUCCCGUCACAGUUGCGUUGAUUCUGGCCGUCAUUGUGUUUCUGUUCUACGAAAACAAGCGUAAGAAGAGCGAUGCCAUGUUCGUAAUCAAGGAAGACGAACUCAAGUUCUCUGAUCCUCCCGAGAUCAUCGGACGAGGUACAUUCGGCGUGGUACUUCUGGCUGAACUGAAGGGUACUGAAGUGGCUGUGAAGCGUGUGCUUCCACCACUAAAAUCAUCCAAGAUUAGUUCUCAGUUCGGCAGUAAAGUCGGAAAGAGCUCAAUGACGGAAAAAUUCGAAAUGAGCACUAAUGAAAUUUCCAUGAGCAGAGAGUCUGGCAUCAGCCACAUGUCGGGGCAAUCUUCUGCCAGUACCGGUACCGGCACUGCAGGAGACGCGGGAUCAUGGCACAAGAUGAAAAAGGAUUUCCUGAAAGAGAUACAGCUGCUGGCGAAACUUAGGCAUCCCUGUAUCACGCUGACAUUGGGAGCGGUCACUGCAGGGGAACCCAUGCUUAUCAUGGAGUACAUGGACCAUGGGUCCCUGUAUGAUAUUCUCCACAAUGAAACAAUGGCCCUCGACGGUGACAUGGUUUUGGACCUGCUGAGCGAUAUCACUCGAGGUGUGCGAUUCCUUCAUGCUUCAGACCCGCCAUUGAUACACGGAGAUUUGAAGUCAAGCAACUGCCUAGUAGACAGCCGCAUGCGGGCUAAGAUCUGUGACUUUGGACUGAGUCAGAAGAAGCAACUUGGUGGAACUGGCACUCCAGCAUGGAUGGCCCCAGAAUUGCUGCGUUUUGAAAGUGGCAACACUAAGGAAACUGAUGUUUACAGCUUCGGAGUGUUGCUUUACGAAGUGAUUAGCCGCCGAGACCCGUACGAGGGCGAAAAAGACAUGAAAAAAGUCCUUCGUUUGGUAGCGGACAAAACUGUGCAGAAACGCCCUGAACCUCCUCGUCACAUGCCUGAACCGAUGAAGGCAGUCAUGCGAGACUGUUUAGAAGACGGCCCUCACAUGCGCCCAUCGUUUGAUGAGAUUGACAACCGACUAAAACGCAUGGACGUGGAAACACUGGGGUCUGUGACGUCCAAACACUCCAACAAGAAGGGUUCGAAUUCGGUGUCUAUUUUCGAUAUCUUUCCCCGCCACAUUGCCGAGGCUCUCAGGGACGGGCGUACGGUCGAACCAGAGCACAAGGAUUCGGUCACCAUCUUCUUCAGCGACAUCGUGGGUUUCACGACUAUUUCAACCGAGUUGGAGCCCAGGAAAGUCGCUGAUAUGCUCGACCGCCUCUAUACGAAGUUCGACGCCCUCUCUGCCAAAUGGGAUGUUUUCAAGGUUGAGACGAUCGGGGAUGCCUAUAUGGCCGUUACAAACCUUAUCAAGGAUCAACCCGAUUGCCACGCCAAUCGCAUAGCCGAGUUCUCGAAAGAGGCCAUAGUUGCUGCCAAUGAAACGUACAUCGAUGAAGAGGCACCUGAUAAAGGUUUCAUCGAGAUUCGUGUCGGAUUUCAUUCUGGACCUGUUGUGGCCGACGUUGUAGGCACCCGCAAUCCUCGCUACUGUCUUUUUGGCGACUCCGUCAAUUGCGCUAGCAGAAUGGAGAGCAAUUCGAAGAAGAAUCGCAUCCAUUGUUCUGAUGCUUCAGCAAAACUUCUGAAGAAACAACACCCAACUUUGCCUCUCAAAUCCAGAGGUUCGGUCCAUAUUAAAGGAAAAGGAGACAUGCACACAUAUUGGGUAAACGAAGCAGCCGGGACCGACACUGGCGGAAACAUGGCAUCGAAAAAGGAUGCGCUCCCUCUAGUCCUCGAUUCCUCGACUCAUUCAGCCACUCUAAGCAGCGUGUCAACUCACGAAGUUGCUGGUGCAGUACCUCCCGAGUCCUCGCCAGAACUAGGGGAGAAUCAAGCUCUGGAUCUUGAAGUUGGUGAACAACCAAUGCGACAAACCGCGGGAAAAGCAGCCAUUGAGAUUGAGGUUUAG